GUAAAUAGUUACCCUUUUGCUUCAAACUGAGCUAGAAAACAAACAUGGCAAAAAGCUGGACAGUUACCGUCUCCGCGCUGCAAUUCGCUUGCACCGGUGAUGUUCUCACAAACGUCGAAACAGCAGAAAGGUUGGUUAGAGCAGCUCAUAAAAAGGGGGCAAAUAUUAUUCUGAUACAGGAGUUAUUUGAAGGUUAUUACUUUUGUCAAGCACAAAAGGAAGACUUCUUCCAUCGAGCUAAACCUUGUAAAGAGCACCCGACUAUACUGAGGAUGCAGAAACUGGCAAAAGAAUUGGCAGUAGUAAUACCAGUUAGCUUUUUCGAGGAGGCAAACAAUGCACACUAUAAUUCAGUAGUUGUGAUUGAUGCUGAUGGGACAGAUCUUGGACUAUACAGGAAAUCCCACAUUCCAGAUGGGCCACGUUACCAGGAGAAGUUUUAUUUCAACCCAGGCGACACUGGUUUUAAGAUCUUCCAAACUAAAUUUGCCAAGAUUGGAGUUGGUAUUUGCUGGGAUCAGUGGUUUCCAGAGGCAGCUCGAGCCAUCGUUCUUCUAGGUGCAGAAAUAUUGUUCUAUCCUACUGCCAUUGGUUCUGAACCUCAAGAUGAUGGCCUAGAUUCUCGAAAUCACUGGAAACGGGUGAUGCAGGGCCAUGCUGGAGCUAAUUUGGUACCUUUAGUUGCAUCAAACCGCAUCGGUAAGGAAAUCAUAGAUACUGAACAUGGCAAGAGUGAGAUCACAUUCUACGGGAAUUCGUUUAUAGCAGGCCCCACUGGAGAAUUGAUUGCUAAUGCUGAUGAUAAAUAUGAAGCAAUUCUUGUUGCAGAAUUUGAUCUGGACAAGAUCAAAUCCAAGAGACAUAGUUGGGGGAUAUUUCGCGAUCGACGCCCAGAUUUAUACAAGGUUCUUCUGACCUUGGAUGGCAGUAACAUUUCCCUCUGAUUCCAUAGAAACUUUGGCCUUGCUUAAUACAAAGAUUUAUGAUUUCUUUGUUUGAGCCCCUUAACUUCCUUGGGAUGAUAUCCAGUCAAUGGAGAACCAUCGUCGUUUCAAUAAUGUGACCCUUUUCAGUUAUUCAAUUUGCAUACUUAGUUCGAUGAAAAUAUGCUCUUUUGGUUGUGAAUCGUGGUAUUAGUGGAUUAGUGCAUGCUUUGGAGUUUGUUAAUGGGAAAAUGCAGUUGUUUAGCUUUAUAAACUGAUUGAGUGAUAGUUCUAGUUGAUUAAUACGUAUAUUAUUCAAGCCUCAUAAAUUGAUUAAACAGCAAAAUUUUAGUCUGCUAGCGAAUUAUAUAUAGUAUUUCUACCCGUAUUAAUUUGAUAACUUAGAAAAGUGAGAUACCCCAUGUUAUCAUAUAAAUGACAAUGUUUAUGAUUUUGAUGAUGUGGAUAUCUCAAAUUUCUGAAUAAUUAAGAUAUGGAGGAAGCUUAGAGAAUGUAUUAAUUAAGGUCCUAGUGAAAGUCAGGUGAAGGAGAAGAAGAGUUAAAAGUGUACAGAAAAUGAAAAAGGAAACAAUAUAAACAGAAGAAGCAAAAAGCAGGUUUGUUUUGUGUUCUCUCUGCUAUGAAGUAGGAACAUUAUGAAUUACUAGAGUCGUCUUAUUUGCAUGAUGGAA